CUCAACUAGGAUACAAGGAGGCCAUAUAUCACCAGUAUAUUGUUGUAGUUUUAUGUAUCUUUGAGAAUGAAAUUUCUGUUAGUGUCCCCGAGAUUUGGUUUAUAUAUACCAAGUCGAAGAAACUGAGUAAGCACUGAGCCAAUCCUUACUGCCAUGGCUACAAAACCACCAUCAUGCUUUUCUCUCUUCUCAGUAUUGGUGUUGGUUCUUCUAGCCUUAACAUCAUUUGGGUCCCAAAGUUUCACUGUCCAUGGGUUGUCAAUUAGAGAAGCUACAAUCUACGAUCUUCAACUGGCUUUCAAACAGAACCAACUAACUUCCAGACAAGUAGUUCAGUUCUACCUUCAAGAAAUCCUCAGGCUCAACCCGGUUCUUAACGGAGUCAUAGAGGUGAACCCGGAUGCACUUUACCAAGCUGACAAGGCUGACUAUCAGCGAAAGGCUAAGGCCCCUGGUUAUUAUUCCGGCUUGCAUGGCAUUCCUGUUUUGCUGAAGGAUAACAUUGGAACCAGAGAUAAGCUGAACACUACUGCUGGCUCUUUUGCGCUGCUGGGCUCUGUCGUGCCCCGGGAUGCUGGCGUGGUGACCAAGUUGAGGAGCGCUGGAGCCAUUAUCUUGGGGAAGGCUAGCUUGAGUGAGUGGGCUCAGGUCAGGUCUCUUACGUCACCCCCAGGUUUCAGCCCCAGAGGUGACCAAGGAAAGAACCCUUAUGUACUAUCUGCAAGUCCAUGUGGAUCAAGCAGUGGAUCAUCAAUAUCAGUUGCAGCAAAUUUGGUAGCUGGAUCUCUUGGUACUGAGACCGAUGGCUCAAUACUAUGUCCAGCAAGCUUUAACUCAGUAGUCGGCAUCAAACCAACCGUUGGACUCACAAGCCGAGCCGGGGUGAUCCCAGUUACUCCCAGACAGGACACCAUUGGACCCAUCUGCAGGACUGUGACAGAUGCUGUUUAUGUUCUUGAUGCGAUUGUAGGCUAUGACUACAAGGAUCAAGCAACCAAAGAAGCAUCGAAAUACAUUCCACGCGGUGGGUAUAAGCAGUUCCUUGGGGCUUAUGGGCUCAAGGGAAAGAGACUGGGAAUAGUGAGGAAUCCCUUCUUCACCUCUGGGAGUGGAUCUCUCCAAAUUCAAGCAUUUGAGCAUCAUUUCCAAACGCUAAGGCAAGGAGGUGCUGUUUUGGUAGACCAUCUGGAAAUAGCAAACAUUGAUACCAUCUUGAAUUUUAAUUUGAGUGGAGAAGCAAUAGCAACAGUGGCUGAGUUCAAACUAGCCAUAAAUUCAUAUCUAGAAGACCUUGUGGUGUCCCCAGUUCGAUCUUUGGCAGAUAUCAUAGCCUUCAACUUGAAGUUUUCUGGUGUGGAAAUGAUCAAGGAAUUUGGCCAAGACAUUUUUCUUUCAGCACAAGCCACAAAUGGGAUAGGCAACAAUGAGAAGGCAGCAUUGUUAAAUUUAGCAAAGCUGACAAAAGAUGGAUUUGAUAAUCUAAUGACAUACAACAGGCUAGAUGCAUUGGUGACUCCCGGUGCAGAUAUUGCUCCUGUACUUGCAAUUGGGGGAUUCCCAGGCAUUAGUGUCCCAGCUGGAUAUGACAAGAAGGGUGUGCCUUUCGGCAUAACUUUUGGGGGUCUAAAGGGAUCUGAACCAAAGCUUAUACAGAUUGCCUACGGUUUCGAGCAAGCUACUAAGAUUAGAAAGCCUCCCACAUUUCUACCAUAAAGCUUUAGGGUAGCGGGUAGCCUAGCUAGCUUCAUCCCUGAUUUAAUUUUCGUUCUUGUCAUCUUGAAUUCGAUCAUGAGCUGGUGUGUGUAAACAUUAUCUAUUUGGCACAUCUAAAUCGGAAAAUGAUACAAAUGGUAAUAUCU